AUGUCCACGGUUUACGAAGAAGAAGCCGUUGCUUCGUUGCCAAACCCCAUUAUCAUCAAAGCUUUGGAGGAGCUGCGAAUGGGUGUAAGCUUCGUUGCUCGAAAACACCCGGGGAGAUGCUUUUUGUCGGAUGAACUAGGGAGGAAAGAAAAUGAGACAUGCAUCCGGUAA